AGGAAAAAAAAGCUUCACAAUUGAAAAGAAAUAAAGAGUCGAAGGAUCCAAUUAUACCAAAUCGAACUUCAAAAGGGGUUAAAAAUCCAAAUUAACAAAAUCUCACCAAUAAUUGUAAUGACCAAGCCAAACUCUCUUCACUGUCGCCCAUACUAAUUCUCCUCCUCCACCUCUCGCCACUUACCGGUGUUCAAGGAAACUCCUCCUGUUUCUCUUCCGAAGCUUGAAAUAGAGAAACAGAAAAAGAUGGCUGAAUUAUGUGGAAUAUCUAUUAAAACGGAGAUCGGAAGUGAGAGUAACGAAAUUGAAUGGUCCAAUGAGCUGGACCAUGCUCCUUUCCUACUCCGUCGAAAACUGUUACUGUCCAGGAGGCUCAAUUUAACUUCCACUGCCACCAAUUCAAUGCAUCAGGAGAAUGUAGUCGUAAAAAAAGAAGAUGAACAAUGCGAUUCGCAGGUUUUCCCCGUCAGUAAAGAGAUAGGUCGGCAGUCAGUGCAACUCCAAAAUCAUGAAACUAAAGUAUCUUUAGGCGUUGAUCCUGUAGUAGCUUAUAAGUGUUCACAAAAUGGCACUGCUUGUCAAGAACUGGCCAUGCCAGGAGAUUCUGACAGCCAUACCACUGAAGUGCAUAGACACACUUGUCUCAAUCAGAGUUCAACAGGAGACAGUGUGUCUGGCUCCUUUGAUGCUGACCUGAAAACAUUGAAACUCGAGAGUAGCGUUUCCUCUGAUUCAAAUGACUUUGCAGAUGAUCUUGAUCACAUUAUACUGAAAGAACGGCAUAGGAUGCUCCUUCCGAGUAAAUUAGUGAGAAUCGUGAAACCAAUUCCGGAGGAAACACCAAUGGAGUCUAAUUCAAGUGAUACAAUUAGUAAUAUGCCUGCAAGCAGAAAUGGUACUUCUGAUUCAACUUUGUUGAAUUUGGUCAAAGUGAAGGCUGAACCAUUGGAUAAUAGCCAGGAUGAACCAGGCAUCACUGCUGCGGGUAAUCUCUCCUUGAACUUAGUAUCAGUGAAGAGCGAACUGGAUUGUCCUGGUGAACUGCACAGAGACAAGGUAGAUGACAUGCAAAUGCAACAGCGGAUGAAGCUGCAGACACUGAGAAAAGUUUCUAAAUCAAGCACUUCAGGGAAUUUUGAAUGCUCGGGGAAAGUUCUUCCUUCUUCUCUUGAGAAUGGCCCUGCUGAUCCAGAAGCUCCAAAUCCAAUUAGGAUUAGCCGCCCAAGGAAAAGGAGGAAGACUGCCACGGAUUCAAUUGAAACCGCACUGGAGGAAGAUGCACCUGGACUACUGCAGGUGUUGAUUGAACAAGGAGUAUCAGUUGGUGAAAUAAAGCUUUAUGGAGAGACAGAUAAUGAUGAACCCAUUGAUGAAUCAUCAAUUGAAGAUGGCUUUACAGAGCUUGAAGCUGUAAUAUCGAAGAUAUUUUUUCAGCAGAACUCUUUAUUGAAGUUUGCUACUUUAAAGUGUGCAAAGGGUUCAAAAUCCAGUUACUGCUUGGGUUGUCUAUUUUCACUUGUGGAGCAGACACGAUAUCUAAGAUUUCGUAAUUGGCCUGCUGAAUGGGGUUGGUGCCGAGAUCUCCAGUCAUUUGUUUUUGUCUUUGAAAGGCAUAAAAGAAUAGUGCUAGAACGUCCCGAGUAUGGCUAUGCAACCUACUUCUUUGAGCUGGUUGACUCUUUACCCAUUGAUUGGCAGAUCAAGCGGUUGGUGACUUCCAUGAAACUUACUAACUGUGGCAGGAUUAACCUAAUUGAGAACAAGACAUUAGUGGUUGGAGAAGACUUAACCGAAGGUGAGGCAGAGGUGCUAAUGCAGUAUGGUUGGACACCAAAUAGCGGCUUGGGAACUAUGCUUAACUACCGUGACAGAGUGUUUCAUGACAGGAAGAAUGAGAAGGACAGCUCAGAGUGGAGAUCGAAAAUAGGUAAGUUGCUGAUGGACGGUUUUAAUGGCGGUAGUAUUGUUUCAUCUAGCAUUGAGGCAAAAGUUUCAGAACUUAGGGCUGAUGAGAACCCUGAAAUUAAAACGGAGUUGUAAUCAAGUCUUAACAUACAUAAAAACUUUAGAUAGCAGUGAUUAGGCUUUUUUUCACAAAUUAACCACACAAAAUUUACAAA